AUGAAGAAAAGAGAAGCAAGGAGGUUUUCCAAGCGCACUUCAAUCUUUGGAAUUCAAGACCAAACUUCAAAGAGUAUUCCAAGGCCAAAACUUAAUCACACGGCUACUAAGCAGAUUGUGAGCCCAAAGCAGCGAUACGAAAAACCAGUGAAACUUCUGAGGUUCAGUUACACAAAAACUCCUAAGAAAUUUGACAGCAGUUUUAGCGAUGAUUCUCCCCAUGAGAGUAAAUUAAUAAAGGAAUUGGAGAACUAUAAUAUAUUACCAGAUAAGAAGUUACAAGACAAGCUUGAUUACUUCUUCAACCCGUAUAAUAAGAAAAUAUUUCUCAAUAAAUGCUACUAUCCUGAAGAGCCAAAAUAAGUGGGAAAGUAUUGCAAACUUGAUUCUGGGAAACAAUCCGAAAUUAAUGCGUCAAACACUGAAAAAUAUCAACCAAGGAUUCUACAAAGAGCUAUUAGAUGUGAAAGAAUGGGCAGCCAAGAACCGAGCUAAUUAUAAAUGGAAUAAGGUGAUCAACCAAACUGUUGACAUACGUACUUCCAAAGAUUCAUCUCGUCGUACAAGUGGGUUAAGCAAAACUAGUGGGCCUAAAUCCUCUCUUCUCAAGCUCACUAAUGCAGUCAAGAGCAUGAUUCGAAACAAGAAGGAGCUAAAAAUAAUCAAAGAAGAGGUUACAUCAGUUUCUUCGGGUGAGGACUCUCCAGGAACCUCAACACUUCUCAAACUGCUUCGCAGGAAGAAGAAGGUUGAGGCUGAAAAACUUGAAGCGAAGGAGGACUACACUUAUGCUAGGGAUUUCAAAAACCUGUCGAUGAUUUACAAAUAACAUUCAGUCUUCUGAUCCAAAAUCUAAGAAGCCGCCUAGCACGACUUCUCUUCAGUUUGUGAAGUCAGAUCCGAGCCUGAUUCCUAACUUCAGCUUAGUAAAGGGACCAGUGAAUGAAGAGGCUGAAGAGCUGGAUUCUGGCAUAGUUGGCACAGUCCAGGAACAGCUAGGAGGGAUUAGGAGCUCUAAAACUCCGCUUACCGUGGCUAAGCCUACCAAAAAGAAAUCAGAAGGCUUCACAGAUCCUUCAGCGUUUAAAAACUACUUCAAAGUAAGCACAGAACGAAUCAAACGAAAUAUUUCAAGCACAAAUUUCCUCAAAGCACAAACUCCCAAAAGCCCCAAAGAAGACGCCAAGCAAGAAUCUAGAAUUCCCCGAAGAAGGAAGAUGACCUACAAACAGAAAAGUGUUGAAAAAGAUCUUCAAGAAGGAAUCCAAGAGCAAGAAGUGGAGCUAAAAUCAAGAUUUUCAAUCAAGAGUUCAGAAAAAUUGAUGCUAGAGAAGGUCAUGACAGAUCUUGAGAAUAAGAGAAUGAAUAUUCAGCCUAUUUCUAAAUCCUUCCGUAUUAAAAACAGCUUCGCAGAGUCUGAGAACUUACUAGAGCAUAGUAAGACAUCAUCCAUGGCGAUCAAAGUAGAAGUCCUUGAGCCUAUCAAGGACGAAAAUGAUAUUGCAUUGCCAAAGGUCACGGGGGAUAGAAGAAUCAAGGAUUAUCUAAACCAUGACAUCCAUGGAGAUUAUACCAGUUCAGAUUUGUCAAAGAUUGCAGAUGUGGAUGAAGAUAGCUCAAAAAUGUCCAUCAAACUUCCAAGGUUCAAGAAGAAGAGCUUUGCUCUCCUCAAAAAGAUGGAUAUGAGAUCUAGAAUGUUCCGGCCGAUCUUGUCUCAGAAAAGUUCUUGUGAAAAAUCAACUUCAGAAAGUCUGAUUCUUCAAAAUGGGCCUAUCUCGAAGCCAAGAGAUGCUUUUUCUCCAAACCCAAAACCUCACUCCAAACCCAAAACACCCAAAAAUGCCAAUCCUCGAACUCCCUACUCCAGGUCCCACUUUCAUCAGCCCUCGUCUCUCCCUCGACCACUGUCUCCAAACAACGUCCAAAAACCCUUCUAAAAAAUGCCAAAACUACCCUCCAGUCGAAAACUCAUACAAAACCUAUACUCACGGGAAGUCCCUAUCUCUCAUUCAAAAAUCCAGGCGCAAACUUGAAAACUCAAUUUCCCAAAUCUCAAUAGCCACACCUCUAAUCUACCAGUCCCUCUGGCCUCCCCCACCCAGUCACACCCAGUACAGUCAGCCUAAACUUCAUUCCAAAUCACCGUACAAAAAUGAGCCAAAACCCAGUGAAAUUUCAAACCUCAAGCGGGAUUUUGGGCAUGAAUGAAGGAAUAAUAGCGGGAAGAGGAAGAAAUUUAAGAAGAUUUUGAAUGGGAGGAGGAGUUUUGAUGUACUGGAUAUAGUAA